GUUAUUAGUCAGCUCGGGACGAAGCCGUUUCCCCAUUUCAUUUCCUCCUCUAUAGGUUUCUGCCUUAACCCUCCUGUAUGGUGGAUAUUCUACCCCAUCCUUCUUUCUUGGGUGAUAUGGGGGAUCAUUCAAAAAAGAAGUCUGGAAUCGCCAUGUGUGUCGGCUGUGGGAGUCAGAUUCAUGAUCAAUACAUACUACGAGUGUCCCCGGACCUGGAGUGGCAUGCAGCCUGCCUAAAGUGCGCAGAAUGCAGUCAGUAUCUGGAUGAGACGUGCACUUGCUUCGUCAGAGAUGGCAAAACGUAUUGCAAAAGAGAUUAUGUACGGCUUUUCGGGAUCAAAUGCGCCAAAUGUAACAUUGGUUUCUGCAGCAGUGAUCUGGUGAUGAGAGCUCGGGAUAACGUCUAUCACAUGGAGUGUUUCAGAUGCUCGGUGUGUAGCAGACAUCUGCUGCCGGGAGAUGAGUUCUCUCUGCGGGAUGAGGAGCUGCUCUGCCGGGCGGACCACGGGCUGCUGAUGGAGCGCGCAUCCGCGGGGAGCCCCAUCAGUCCCGGAAACAUUCACUCCAACAGGACCCUGCACAUUCCAGAACCCGUGCCAGUUCGACAGCCACCUCAUCGGAACCACGUCCACAAGCAGUCGGAGAAGACCACGCGUGUUCGGACAGUAUUAAACGAAAAGCAGCUUCACACUCUCCGGACUUGUUAUAACGCGAACCCGCGGCCGGACGCGUUAAUGAAAGAGCAGCUCGUGGAAAUGACCGGCCUGAGUCCACGCGUCAUACGAGUGUGGUUUCAAAACAAGCGCUGCAAAGACAAGAAGAGGUCCAUACUCAUGAAACAACUACAGCAACAACAACACAGCGAUAAAACGAAUCUUCAGGGUCUCACGGGAACGCCUCUGGUGGCAGGCAGCCCGAUUAGACAUGACACCACAGUGCAGGGAAAUCCUGUAGAGGUUCAAACCUAUCAGCCUCCAUGGAAAGCCUUAAGCGAGUUUGCCUUACAGAGUGACCUGGACCAGCCGGCUUUUCAACAGCUGGUUUCAUUUUCCGAAUCGGGCUCGUUGGGCAACUCGUCGGGCAGUGAUGUGACCUCUUUGUCAUCCCAGUUACCCGACACUCCCAACAGCAUGGUGCCCAGUCCCGUGGAGACGUGAGAGGUCACGGGAGACUCCAGCCCCAGCAUGCCCUCACCCACCCUGCAUGAAAACCCAUCACCUCACCGCCAGCUCGAACGGGGAAAGGGAUUAACCGAGAUGGAUUUAAACAGUUUGCCAAACGGAGGAAGCCGACCAAGCGACUUUGGGCUUUUCAGACGUGUUACAAAACUGUUUUUGAAGCAUUCGGACCGUAUACCGAGGAUGUCAAACGGAAUAUGAACACAUAAUUUGAGUUUUGACUCAACAAAAACAGCAGUCUUAACAGUGUUUAUUCAAAGACCAUCAUUGUGUAGCUUUAUCAACAAGUGGUCUUUCCUUAUAAAACGAGACAAGGGCCACUUUUUUGUCUCAGUGCGCAUGAUCUUCGAAGAUGUAUAAAAAGUGAGCUGUAAAAUAUUUUAUCUUAACGAAUGGAGGACAGAUUGUAUAAACUUCUCGAGUAAAAAAGUAAGUUAUUAUUAUUUAUUGUCAGGACAACCGUCCAUACCAAAAACUGAGAAAUUAUCUUAAUAAACGACCUUAAAUGCUGUUUAUGUCUGAGAAACUCUGCAUGCAAAGAGAACUAUAUCAUGUUGCAUUUA